UCUGUAUCUAAAUACAAUUAUUCUAAUGUAUCUGUAUCUUUCUAGAUACUCAAAUAACAGUAUCUGUAACAACAUAUGGUGACAACCGGGUGUCUCGAUUUGAUUGGUGGUUGGUUCCGAUCGCCAUAUUGGAGCUAAAUUGGUAUUGGAGCACGUUUGUUGGUGUUUUUACGAAAGUAAGAAGAAUAAAUAGGUGCGGUUUAACGUGAAAUCUAUUGUGGACAUUCGGUUAUUAGGUUGAAAGUGAAUAAAAAUAUAUUAUGGGGGGGUGUUCCGCUGUAGGAUGUAGCAAUUCUGCAAAGAAAGGAUUUUUAAUGAAACGGCUACCAAAGAACCCCAUAAGAAGACAGCAAUGGAUCCUCAAAAUCAAAAGAGACAAAAACUGGCAACCAAAUGAUGACACACGCUUGUGCGAGGUUCACUUUGCUCCCGAGAUGUGGGAAAAGACCCGAGUAGAUGGAAAGCGGGUACUAAGAUCUGAUGCUGUUCCGACAAUUUUUCCUUCCUCCAAAUCAACUUUAAAAAGGAAAGCACCUACACAAGGAAGUCCAUUAAAGUUGCAGUCAGUACAAGAAUCAAAUCAAACCGUGGAUUAUGGAAUCAUUGAUCCAGAACCCUCAACCUCAGCGGCUUAUUCAUCAGACGUUAUUACUGUCAUAUUAGAUGACAAUAUUGGGGAAUCACCUCCGUCAAACUUAACCGCUUCAACUUCAGCAAUUCUUGCUCAUAAAGAUUGCAAAGCUAAAUUUUUGCGAUAUGAAAAAAUGUAUACCAGAGAAAGAGAGAAGUCCAGUAGACGGUACAAAACAAAGACUCCAAAACUUAAAAUUUGAUAGUGGCAUUUUGAUUAAACUUUUUAAAAACCACAGUUGAAUCAUUUGGUGAAUUCGAAAAAGAUUGUGUCUUAGUGUAGUUGGACAAAAUGGCCAUCACUGCACGCAACGCACAUGAUUUACGAUGUUAGUUUCAAUGUUGGAUAGAGUUACUAUACAUCGGAAGCAGGUCGGCUUACUAUUUUAUUGGCAAUUCUGUGAAUGGUGCAGUUUUAAAAGAAAUUAUAAAUGAAAUUUUUAAAAAGUAGAAUUAAAAUUGACCCUUCUAUGUAUAACGUCGGCUUCUGAUCAAGCAUUAUGGAAAGCAUGGGGAGUUAUGGCAGGCAGGUACCUAUUCUAAACCCAGGUGCAAAAUUCCUCAUUGAAUAAUUAACAGUGAAUUGGUGUUUCCAGACGAAAUUGAAUAUUUCUGAUGUAAUAUAAUAGGAAUAUUCAAAAAGGUAUAUUUGAAUAUGUAUUAAAAUAUUCCUAGAAUAAAUUUCAAAAAUAUUCUCCAUUUAUUCUGAACAUUCAUAGAACAUGAUGCAUAUAGCCACUUGGGAUAUUCUGAGAAUUAACUUACACAAUAUUCUCAGUUUAUUCUGAAUAU